AUGAGGGCGCUGCAGUUUUCUCAGCCGGAGCGGCGGCUCGAAGUGCACGAGGUGCCGUGGCCAACCGCCAGCGCACCCAACGAUGUGGUGGUGCGUGUGUCAUACGCCGGUGUGUGCGGCACCGACCUGCAUGCGCUGUACGACACGUUUCCGGUGUCGCAGGACUGGCUGACGAUGGGCCACGAGCUGAGCGGCGUGGUAGCCGAGGUAGGCAGUGGCGUCACCACCGUCAGUGUGGGUGACCGCGUCGCUGUGGAUCCCAACAAGGGCUGCGGCUCCUGCGAGUUCUGCAAGCUGGGACAGGUGAACUUCUGCCCGCGCGGCGGCAUCUCGGACACGCUCGGCUUUUGGCGUCCGGGCGGAUGGGCCGCGGCGACGGUGGCGCCCGAACACAGCGUGCACCGGCUGCCGGACGGCCUGCCGCUGUGUUCAGCCGUGCUCUGCGAGCCCCUCUCGUGCCUGAUCCACGCGCUGGAUCAAUUCGAGCCGGUGCCGACGCAGGGGCGCGUGCUGAUCCUCGGCGCUGGCAUCAUCGGCGUACUGGUCGCGUGCAUGCUGCACCACCGCGGCGCGCGUAACGUCACCGUCAGCGAGCCGGCGGCGGCGCGCCGCGCCGUCGUGGACGCGCUCGACCUCGGCUUCCGUACGGUAACCCCCGACCAACUGGCGGCCGAGUUUGCGCCGCUGACGGAGCGCCAGCUGGCGGCGGGCGGGCUCGACAUGGUGAUCGACUGCAGCGGCGUCUGCUCGGCCAUCGAGACGGCGGCUGGCUGGCUGCGCAUGGGAGGAAGGCUCUGCCUGUUCGGCGUACCGUCAGCUCAAGAGCGUGUGGCGCUCAGCCCGUACCUGUUGGUGACGCGGGAGAUCACGGUACGAGGCAUCCUCAUCAACCCACACACCUUCCCGCGCGCCACUGCACUGGCGGCUGAGCUGUAUCCGCGCUACCUGCGCCCGGAGAAGGUGGGAGUGCAGCUCUUUACGCUGGAGGAGUACCCGCAGGCGUUGGAGAAGCUGAAGAGCGGCCAGAUCUGCAAGGCCGUCUUUAUGCUGGACGGAUCACAAGAGUAG